AUGUCCAUCAAAUCUACCGCAGCCUCCGUUUCAUCAGGGACCGUACCCCGAGUCUUCUGGCACCUCUUCCGCAUCUGUCUCUCAUUUUCACUGUUAUCCCUCGAUAAUACCAUCCUCGCCGUCGCGAGUUGUCUAGCAUAUUUCCGAUCGGUAGCCAGCUAUCGCAGAACACGACGAAACGUUCGCUUCUACCCGAAGACAGUGCUAAUCACAGGCGUGGGAGCCCCUCAUGCUCUAGCACUUGCACGGGCAUGGGCCGCAGAGGGCCAUCGCGUGGUUGGAGCCGAUGUUACCGACUUGGAUCUCCCCGUCCGGUCUGGCGCAAGCAUGUCCAAGGCCCUGCAGGCAUUCUACCGCAUUCCAAAAGACCAUUACAUUUCCAGACUACUUGACGUGAUCCACCGCGAAAAAGUGGACGUGUGGAUUCCGUGCUCGCCCAAGGCAACUUCCAGCGAAGACGCGACAGCGCGGCAGGUUGUCGAGAGCCGUACCAGCUGCAAAUGUAUUACCUUUGACACCGAGCUGGCCGCUUGCUUCAGCCACCCGGAUGCCUUUCGACAGUAUGUGAUUGAAAGAGGUCUUCCCGGUUUAGAGUAUCAUAAGGUUCUAUCGCGCGACUCUGUGCAUAAGAUCUUGCAUCGGUCGCCGUCGAAAUCUUACCAGAUGUUGCGCGCUAGCCCGUCUGCAAAUGAUAAGGCUAUGCGUCUACCGAAACGUACGACUAGCAAGACUUACUCCAGUAUCAGUGAGAUUCAGAUUUCCAAGGACCGGCCCUGGAUCUUGCAGCAACAUUAUAGGUUGGGAGAGCUUUUUGCCGAUAUCCUCGUUGUCCGUGGUCAAGUCCAAGCGAUCAAUGUCCGGUUGUCGGAUGCGCAUUCUUCAAUAUGGGGUACCUCGCGCUUGGAUGAGGCAUUGGCUGCUGCGAUUCACCAGCUCAUGCAGAACUUUGCGGCUAAAAUCGGGACUCGCUUGACGGGGCAUCUCUCUGUUCGGCUCAUGGUGGAUGAAGAGUUUGAUGCUCAUUCUGUUCGACAUGCAGUGUACAUUGCCGGUUGUAUCCCCGGCGCGAAAGCGGUUGAGCGUCUUUUGCAGGAUAUUUCCUGUCCAAUUGCAGGAUAUCUAUCUGUGUUUCCUUCCGAUCCGGUUGAUGUUUCUUCGAAAACGACACCGACACUGUCAUCCUCGCGUGCGACGUCGAUAGCCAGAUUUUCUACAGCGGGUCGUUUUCCAGCUUUGCUCUUGCAAUUCUCCUUGUUGCGGUCUGGAAUCCAGAUACUUGAAUUGUCCAAGGUAGAAUUUGUGCGGUUAUUGUUCUGGAAAGAUCCACUAUUUUCAUUUCAAGAUCCUCUUCCUUGGUGGUGGCAGGUUCAUGUCUACCAGCCACUGCGGGAGAUUUGGGUAUUGGUGAAACAGACUCGAGAGGCCGGCUUGUAA